ACUAGUAAAGCACCGAUGGACAGUCUACCGGCUUUUGCAGUACCUCUUCCACCAGAGUUAGAAGAUGAAGUUACGAUGAUGGGUAGCGUGAUGGAGAGAAAGCCUAACUGUGACCAUAAGGAGUUGAAGAAACAAUAUUAUGGAGAAGAGGACAAAGCAGCAGAACGUACCUUGUAUAACCAAUAUGAAGAAAAAAUCCGACCCUGCAUUAAUCUCAUCGAUAGCCUAAGAGCUCUCGGAAUAGAAAAAGACAUGGCUUUACCUGCAAUUGCAGUGAUUGGAGACCAGAGCUCUGGGAAAAGCUCUGUCCUAGAAGCCCUGUCUGGUAUUGCUCUUCCUAGAGGCAAUGGUAUUGUUACUCGAUGUCCCUUGGAACUUAAACUGAAAAGAACACCUGCCACCCAGCCAUGGAAAGGGAAAAUUCGUUACCGCAAUUUUAACAUAGAGCUCCACAGUGCCUCUGAGGUGGAUAAUGCAAUAAGACAAGCCCAGAAUGUUGUGGCUGGUACUAAAGGUGCCAUUAGUGGAGAACUAGUUUCUCUAGAAGUUUGGUCGCCAGACGUACCAGAUCUGACAUUAAUUGAUCUUCCUGGAAUUGCCAGAGUGGCUGUGGGGGACCAGCCAAAAGACAUUGGGGAACAGAUCAAAAUACUACUUAAAAAAAUUAUUCGCUUCAAAGAAACACUCAAUUUGGUAGUGGUGCCAUGUAAUGUGGAUAUUGCAACAACAGAAGCAUUGAAAAUGGCUCAAGAGGUGGAUCCCAGUGGAGAAAGGACACUAGGGAUCCUCACAAAACCUGACCUGGUGGAUAGAGGAACUGAAGAGUCUGUCAUUAAGAUAAUGCAAAACAAGGUCAUUCCCCUCAAAAAAGGUUACAUGAUUGUGAAGUGUCGCGGGCAGCAGGACAUCCACGACAAACUGUCCUUGGCUACUGCAAUCCAGCAGGAGAGAAAAUUCUUCCAGGCUCACAAACAUUUCAGCAUUCUGCUGGAAGAAAAAAGAGCUACUAUCCCUUAUCUGGCAGAAAAGCUCACAAAUGAACUUGUGAGACAUAUUAUUAACACUUUGCCAGCACUGGAGAACCAAAUUUAUGAGGCACUCCAAAAAACAUUACAGGAUCUACAAAAGUACAGAACAGUCUCACCCACAACAGAGUCUGAGAAGCUGACUGUCCUCACCGAUUUGAUCAAACUCUUUAACCAAGAUGUCUCUCAGACAAUACGUGGAGAGGAACAGUUGGUUGGAAAUGAAAUCAGACUUUUUACAAAAAUCCGCAAAGAGUUCCAAACAUGGGAAGCGGUCCUCCUAGAGUGUGCUGCAAAGGUUAAUGAAACUGUACCCGGUAAAGCAUGGAAAUACGAAGAACAGUAUCGUGGAAGAGAGUUCCCAGGUUUUACCAAUUACAGGACAUUUGAAGACGUUAUAAAAGAGCAGAUCAUAGAACUGGAGGAGCCAGCCAUUGAGAUACUGAACAGGGUGAUUGGACUGGUUGAAGAGAAAUUUACGGAACUCACUACAAGGCAUUUUGGUAAUUUCCACAAUCUAAACAGAGCUGUUAAGACUAGAAUUGAAGACGUUAGAGAGAAACAAGCAGAGGAGGCUCAAAGACGUAUCCGGACCCAGUUUAAAAUGGAGAGAAUUGUAUACUGCCAGGAUAACCUUUACAUAAAUGAUUUAAAAUCUGUUAAUGGAGAAUACUUUAAGAAAGUCAGCAAUGGGAAAGAAUCGCAGGUUGGAUCUGAUUUGCAACAAGAGCCCUAUUUUGUCCGGGAACUGGUUUCUCAUACGAAGGCUUACUUCUAUGGAGCAAGUAAACGCCUCUCUAAUCAGAUACCUCUGAUCAUCCUGUCUUCUGCCUUUCAUGACUUUGGGGAUGACUUACAGACCACAAUGUUGCAUCUUUUACAAGAAAAAGACAAGUUAAGCCAUCUCCUUCAGGAGGACAGUGAAGCGGCUAAGCAUAAGCACUACCUCAGUGAACGAGCUGAUCGUCUCACCAAAGCCCGCCAGUACCUGCGAAACUUCACCUCACUGUAGAUUUCUUAAUUUUUCAGUCUACUUGUUUUCUAGCAUUAUUGAGGAACUUCAUAAAACCCCCUGAAAAUGUAACGCCAGCACUCAUUUCUAGUGUUAUUUUCCAUAAUCAUGUUACAGGCAAAUAUCUACCCUUAUGUUAAGUGCUCUUUUGUGGGAGUUGUGAUUGAAUAAAUGCUGUCCAAUUUUUAAACAUUUGCUUUAUGAACUUUGUAUAACCAUUAAAAUAAUUAUUAAAAAGCUAGAGCUCUUGAGG